AUGUCGACAUUCAACAUUAUUACGCAUGAAAUCCCAUGCCAGCAUAUUCGGGAGUAUCCACGUGCGUUGGCCAAUGGGCAAGACGACAUCCUCUACCUCAAGGUCAAACAAUACAUCCCACUCGAGAAUCCUAACCCCCAACCGGGAGAUGUGACCAUCAUCGGUGCUCAUGCUAAUGCCAUUCCAAAAGAGCUGUACGAGCCACUUUGGGCAGAUCUCCUGGACGAGGCAAAGCAUCAUGGCUUUGGCGUCCGAGCGAUCUGGAUAGCAGAUCUUGCGCACCAAGGAGAGAGCGGGCGGCUCAACCAGCAUUCCUUAGGCAAUGAUCCUUCCUGGUCAGAUCACGCACGAGACCUCCUUCAUCUCAUCAAUCUCAAACGAGAAGACAUGCCUCGCCCGAUUGUCGGUAUCGGACACAGCGUUGGCGGAGCACAGCUUGUCGAUCUUGCAUACAUCCACCCCAGACUUUUGACAACCGUUGUUCUACUUGACCCGGUCAUUCAGAUUCGUUCAUCCGAAGUAACACCGGAGAAAAAGAGCAAUCCAGCAAGGGCUUCUACCUUCCGAAGAAAUGUAUGGCCCAGUCGUCAGGAGGCUGAAGUAUCCUUUCGAAAAAGUCCAUUCUACCAGGCAUGGGAUCCUCGAGUCAUGCCUCUUUGGCUUGAGUAUGGUCUUUCACAAAUCACCGAUUGCGACACCAAUGAGUCUCAUCCGUCAAGCAUGGUCAGCGGAAAGGUGACACUUACAACACCUCCUGCCCAGGAAGCAUUCCUGUUUCUACGGCCGAAUUACUCCGGCUUCGGACACGACGGGAAACGAAUUGACCGCACGACUCACGCCGACGUCAAUCCAGCAUCACCGAUCAACCACCCUUUCUAUCGUUCAGAACCCGCUCGAAUAUUUCACGCUUUGCCCACCCUUCGACCCAGUGCGCUAUACAUCUUCGCCGAGCACAGUUACGUCUCUGGUGUAGGUAAGACAUUCAACGACUCGAAGGUCUCCACGACAGGGACAGGAGUGGGAGGCAGUGGAGGCAUUCAAGAAGGGCGUGUCAAAAGUGUCAUGCUCGAUGGUCUGGGCCAUAUGAUUCCUCUGGAGUCACCACAGCGAACAGCACGAGAGGCGGCCCUUUGGAUUGGCGCUGAGAUCAAGAAGUGGAGGGCCGAUGAGGCGGAACAUGCGAGAUUGUGGAAGAGCAAAUCGCUCACGGAGAAACAGACUAUCGAUGAACGGUGGAAGCGAGCAAUUGGUGGCCCGCCUCGCGAGAGAAAAUCGAGCGGAAAGGGGGGCCGCGAGAAACUGUGA